CAGCACGAGGCAGACAGUAAGUCCAAUCACGUUACUGCCUCUGACAGAUCAAUUGACGUUUCUAUGGUAACAAGGUCGGUAUCGUCGUAUAUGUCUUGACAGGUGCGUGACAGUUCAGCCUCACAGCAUGUACGCGAAGGGAAAAGGCUCAACGGUGCCAUCCGAUGCUCAGGCAAGAGAAAAAUUAGCUCUUUAUGUUUAUGAAUAUUUGCUACAUGUCGGAGCACAGAAGGCAGCACAGACUUUCCUGUCUGAGAUAAGAUGGGAAAAAAACAUAACAUUAGGAGAGCCUCCAGGGUUUCUACAUUCAUGGUGGUGUGUAUUUUGGGAUUUGUACUGUGCAGCACCAGAAAGAAGAGACACCUGUGAACAUUCAAGUGAAGCAAAAGCUUUUCAUGAUUAUGGGUUUAUCAACUCCGGCUAUGCCGUCAAUGGGAUUGGACACAACCCUACAGCUCCCAGUCCAUUAGGCCAGAUGCCCCCUGGUGAUGGAAUGACUGGCGGACCAGUAGGCCCUGCUGGUUUUUUCCCUAACUCUCACAUCAGACCUUCUCAGCCUCAGCAGCCAGUUUCACAGCCGUCCCCUCAUUCCCAACCUCCUCCUCAUAGUCAAAUGAUGCAGAAUCAGCCGUUCAUGUCACCUCGUUAUCCGGGUCGGCCAGGAGUAAGAAUGAGCCAACAACUUGAUUUUAAUGCUCCUGGUAAUGUUCCAGGCCAACACAUGAUACCAAACACUAUGGACCCAACGAGACCAGUUCUUUCUACUCAUCCAUCAACAUUCUUGUUUCUAGCUGACGGUGGAGAGUUUGUAAGCUGGCAAGGACCACCAGGAAUGAGCCCAAUGAAUUCAAGAAUGAAUCCACCUAGAGGACAGCACCUUGGACCAAUGAAUCCUGGUGGUUAUGGACCAAUGAGACCACCAGGUGGUGCAGUGGGUCCUGGAAUUCCUUCAAUGUCCAUGCAAGGGCCUGGUGGUAGAGCAUGGCAACCUAACACAUCCACUAUUAAUUAUUCAUCUGCAUCACCUGGUAGCCAUUAUGGUCCACCAGCCUCAGGGGCAGGUUCUCAGAGGUCAGGAACACCUAUUAUGCCUAGUCCUCAAGACUCCUCGAGUUCUGGGGGUGAGAGUAUGUACACCAUGAUGAAGACAGUUCCAGGUGGAAGUAUGACAGGGUUCCCUAUUGGGCCAGGACCAGAAGGUCCCAUGGGACAAAUGGGACCAGACAUGGGAGCACCAGUUCUGAAUGGGAUGUCCUCUGCAGGUGAAGGUUUAGAUGGUAUGAAGAACUCGCCUGCUAAUGGACCUGGUACACCGAGGGAAGAUGGACCUCCUAUGGGAGAAUAUGGCAUAGCAGGGUAUGGACAAGAAAAUAUACCAGGGGAUACGUCGGGAAUUGACAUGCAGUGCCAUUUGCAGGCUUGUAGCAGUCAUCAAGUUCACCCCUGUGAAAUUUAAGUGCAGGAUAAGCUCCAGGACCAAAAUGAAUCAGCGGCAAUACUAAAAAUCAAAGAGAGCAUGCAGGAAGAAGCUAAGAGGUUUGAAAAAGACACCCCAGCAGAACAACCAGACUAUUACCUGCAGUGACUUAAAGAAUAACUGAUUAAACCAGAGAUAUAUAUGUAUAUUUCCAUACAGUCAAAACAUGCUAUUUCCCCAUAGACUCCUGAAAAACAAACUAAUGGCUUCAGUUCUGAAGUGUAAUAUUUACUCUCACUAUGCUUGUAAUAUGUCACUUUUAAAUAGGUUUAAUGAUUUAAAAUAAAAUUGUAGGUAUCUUAUAUUCUAUACAUUGAAUCCAAGAGUACAAAAUUUAAGAUUUUCAUUUAUUGCCCUUAUCAUUAAAUCUUUUUGUCUGGUCCUGUAUAAAGUUAGUUUUUGUAUGUUAUUAUGACUUUUUUUUUCAUAGGUAUGAGAGUUAAUGGAAUCCAACACCACAGAAAAAAAAUAUAUAAAAAUUUUUACAAACAGCUAUUAUGCUUUUACCAAAUAGAAGGGGUGAACUUAUUUCAAAUCUGAAUGAACUGUAUUUUAAACAGUAUAAUGGACUUAACUCUUGGAACAAAAGCUACUCUCUAAGUGGCUUUGAGCAAAAGUCUCUCUGUCAAAGUUUCAUCUCCAUGUCAGUAUUUUCUCUUUCUCUCUCCCUCUUGUCACAUCUUAAUUCAUCAUCAAUUUUGUGGCCAUCACAUCAGUAAGAAUUCUUACAGAGACCAUGAAUAGUAAAUGGAAAACUUUAAAACCAGAUGAUUGUCACACUUGUGAACCAUUUUUCUGUCCACCCGUGAACUUUUCUCAUCUUCUUUGUAACAUUCCCUCUUAAAGCAUUGAGCCAUCAAAUUUUGAAGAGAAACUUGCUUUUGAUGAACAACAGAAUUAACUUUUUCAUGAUUAAUCAGUAGUAGAUUUAGUAAGGUUAUCCUUUUGUACUGACAACUGAUUGACAGAAACCCGAAAAACAAGCUACUAGUUGUAGGAUGAUCCAGUUGGUUGAGGUUGCUUCUGCUUGACUAAUGAAAUUUGUCAUUGAUCUAAGCAUUUUGUAUGACUGGUUAAAUAUUUUAUCAAACCAAACAGGCUACAUAACUUAUGAAAUCUAUAUUUUGUUCAAGAAGACUGUCAUUAAACUAGUUACAUAAAUGAAUCACUACCAAGUUAUCUAACUGUUAAUAUUUGUCAGUAUUUCACUGAAAUGUUAUACGAAGUGGUAAAUUGUUAGUGAAUCACUCAUUAUAAACUCUGUUGUUGAGCCAAUCAAAAGUGCUUGAACUAAUGAACUUCUUUAUUGAUAUUGUUAAAAGUGAGUUGUAUAAUUGAUAUAGUUUUGACAAGAGAGUAGAGAACACUUAAAAAAGACAGAUGGUUGAAAACAAAUGGUACCUGGCAUUAUGUGGUAGUCUUUGCUUAUAUAUUGAAGUAUGUUUAAACAAUCAAAUGUUAUUUGUGAAACCUGUCUUUUACCCACUCAGAAUUCUAAAUUUAAUUUAUAAAUACGUUACUAUGAAUUCAUACAGUUUGUACUUCUUGUUAGAACGAAAAACGUGUCAUAACUUUGGAAAAAUGUGUAAUAAUUCAAUGAGGGAUUUGAUUUACAAAAAAUAUAGUAAGGUUUGAUGAAGUUGGAUUUGCUAUUUUUAAACGAAGUUUGACUAGCCAGUGCAGUUGAAAUUUUUAACUAGUUCUAUUUUUGGUUCAAAGUAAUUUAUAUAGUUUUAAUGCCCUCCAAAAGCCCAAAACAAUUUCCCGACCUAGAAAAUGGAACUUUUGUUUUUAUUUUGUUUAAGCUAUAAGUAAUAAAAAGAACUAAUAGUUAGCUUAUUACACUGAAAUCAAAUAAUUAUUUUUCAAACAUGUGACUUUCACUUAUUUCAGUUUGUAUAUACCUGUAUUUAUUUUUCUACAUGACAGCAAAUAUGGUUGAGGUUCUCUUCAGUUUCUUUGCCAUAUUGACUGAAUUAAUUACACUUGUGAACCUAUUUGUAUAAAGAAUAUUUAUUGCUGUACUUGAAUUAUUGGUGGCUGCUCUGUUAUCUUGUUUAUAUCUCAGAUUUGUUCUUUUUAAUUUAAUUUUUGUUUUAUUCUAUGCUGUUCAGUGGGAAAUUUUUUGAUGGGUUUGAUCUAUGACCCAGAGUAUUUAUUAUAAGCAGCCACCUUUGAAUGAUGUAUGUUUGUUAAAGAACAAAGAAAAAGAUAAUAACUUAGUGUAUGAAAGUGUUGUUUGUUUUAUCGUUUUGGUGUAAAUAGCUACUGUUUGUUGAUUUAGACAUGUAAACGGCUAAUUUGUAGGGAGAAAGCUGACAAAAUUUCAGGUUCAAGACAAACGAAGAAGAAGAAGAACAGUUGUAGGUGAAAUAAUGAUGUCAUGGAAAACAUGCGUGUAUUCUGCUGUUUUUUUUAAUGUUUUGAUAAAUACGUUUUUUAACCUUUUUAUGACCAGUGUUGAUAUCGCAGUUAACCAGAUCAUGAUCUUGUACGAUACAAAUUGAGAUUUCAUUGUUUUUAGUUUUUGCUGUAGCUUCACAUUUGUUAAAUGGUGAGUCACUUCUGUAAAGCCAACCGUUGGGUAGAUAACCAGCUCAUUAAAUUCUUUAUUUCAAUGA